CGUAAAUGGCCCCUCGUAUGCUUCGUGCAGCCUGACGGAACCGAACGCCAUCUCCUCUGCCAGCCGGAGACGUGGAAGAUCGAGCUUCCAAACGGAGAGGUGCAGGCGCAGCGCCAACAGGUGCCGCUUAUUCUGGCUUGGGCUUUGUCCAUCCAUAAGGCGCAGGGGCAGACGCUGCAGCGGGUGAAGGUUGAUUUGGGCCGCGUGUUUGAGAAGGGUCAGGCCUAUGUUGCGCUGAGUCGAGCGACCUCGAAAGCUGGUCUUCAGGUCAUGCGGUUCGAGGCGCGCAAGGUCAUGGUUCAUCCGAAGGUUACGGAUUUUUAUUCUAAGCUUGUUAGUAUUAGUGAUGUGAUGAAGGCUUCGAAGAAGCCGAAGUCGGGUGGUGGUGGUGGCCCGGAUCCUGAGGAUGAUUUCGAGCAGGAUUAUUUAGAGCAUUUAUAUGGGUGAUAUGGGAGUGUAUAUCAUUCUUAGACCAUUUGCUUAUAUUAGGGGCUCAUUGUCAGGAGAAGAAUGAAUUAUCAAUCCUUCUUUCUAUGUAUUUUGUGAUAUGACCUGGUGUGGCUGUCUACUGGAC